GCAGAGGGUUUACAGCUGCAGGGAAUCACCCAAAAGCUUCAUCUUUUCCUUGGGCAUUGCAAGGUUUGUACUGCCUUAAGGGGGAGCUGAUUGGCUGCCUGAUUACCUGAGGCAGGUGAGGGAAGGCUGGCCUUCAGGAGUUGGAAUAAAAAGGAGCCUAGGCAGCUGUUUGUCUCUUAUGGGGGUUCCUUGAACAGACAGGAUGGGGCUCUUACAGAAUCUGGCCAUUGUUUUAGCUUGUUGGGUAAUCAGGGAUGUGGCUUCCUUGGACCCCUGGAGUUAUGUUUGGGGGUCUGCCAGCACUCCUGCUCCUGCAAGGCAGAUGUAUCUACCUUCUGGGAUGGAGACUUACCCUCAAGCUUGGGUAGAUGCUUCUCAGCCACGAGCCUUGUCCCUCCUGACACCUGUGGUGGCCCAGUGUGGAGAGGCCCAGGUGGUGGUGAAUGUGAAAAGAGACUUAUUUGGCACUGGGAGACUCAUCGAGGUAGAGGACCUGAGCUUGGGCACAGCUGGCUGCGGACCCACGUCCUUCAGUGUCACCACGGUGAUCUUUGAUGUUGGCCUUCAUGAAUGUGGGAGCGUCUUGCAGAUGACUCCAGAGUCUCUAAUCUACAGGAUCAGCCUUCAUUACAAGCCAACCCCUUCCUCCAAUGCAGUAAUUGUAAGAACCAGUCCAGUUGAAGUCCCCAUUGAGUGUCACUAUCCAAGGAGAAACAAUGUAAGUAGCGAUCCAAUUAAGCCAACAUGGAUUCCCUUCACGUCAACGAUUUCUGCAGAAGAAAAGCUACGGUUCUCUUUGCGUUUGAUGAAUGAUGACUGGAGUGCAGAGAGAGCUUCCAGUGGUUAUCAACUGGGGGAAGUGAUGUACAUUCAGGCUGAAGUAAACACAGAAAACCACAUGCCUCUCCGACUCUUUGUUGAUAGCUGUGUGGCCACGCUGAGCUCAGGGCCAGAUUCCACUCCCCGCUAUCCCAUCAUUUCUUACAAGGGCUGCCUGGUUGAUGGGAGAUUGGAUUCCAACUCAGCCUUCUUAUCACCAAGGCUCAGGGAUGAUUUACUCCAAUUCACAGUAGAUGUCUUCCGUUUUAUUGAAGAUCCACGAGAUCUGAUCUACAUCACUUGCCAUUUGAAAGUAGCUGCAGCUACCCAAGCCCCUGAUCCAGAGAACAAAGCUUGCUCCUUCCAUCAGGCUAGUAAUGGCUGGAUUCCAGUUGAAGGUACCACAGACAUCUGCUCCUGCUGUGAAACUCAAAAUUGUGUUCAAAGUACAGGCCAAACAGGUGGCCUGUGGGACAGAUGGGGAAGGAGAUUGGGCAGAGAUGUGGCUGCUAAAUCCGAUAAAUCAAAGGAGGCUGAUGUGAUACUUGGUCCCAUCCUCAUUCUUGACUCAUACAUGACCUCCAGGAGUCUUCCUGACCAUCAGAAUAAGAAGGUGGACUCAUCACCAGAAUAUGGCUUCUUCCAAACUCCUUGGAUGCUGGUGGCAAUCAUCCUGAUAGCCCUUUCUACAAGCUUGGCAUUGACCACUCUAGGAAUCCUUUGUACUAAGAAAAGACGUUCUAAUUCUCCUUAAGGUGUUGUGUAAUGUGGAAGGAUGUUAAAAUAAACAAAUCA